UGGCGGCCAUUUUAAACUAGUUUGACGUAGGUCUGAUUUUUGGAGCGAUUUUUCCCGUAUUUUACACGUAAAUAUCACAGAACCAGGGUAGCUGAGGAUGGAGACCGACCAGACGUAUCUUAACGGCGUGGCUGAACUCGAAGAAGCGCUUCCAGAUCCUUCUGCGCCCGUUGUGCAUGUGGAGAUUUGUCAGACUCCUUGCAGCACCGUCCGUGCUAACGUAGUGAAGGAGCGAGUGAGAGCCGUGUUACAGAGACAUAAGCUGGUGUACGGGGACCUCACCAUGACAGAGUUUGACGACACCUUCAUGAAGGAACACAUCAAGUCAGUCUCCAUAUGUGACACUGAUGACAUAUCUUCUGCACACAAGGGCAAGAAGGCGUUUAACCUGUUUGAUGCCAACCUGCUGCUGCACGUGUUCCAGCUGCACGAGGGCGGGCCGGGGUCGGAGGAGGUGGAUGAUGAUGAUAACGUGUCUGCGGCCAGCCACUGGCUGAUGCCUAAUGCUGACUUUGAUGGUAUCUGGGACAGCCUUAUUUUUGACAGUGAUGUAAAGUUAGAGCUGCUGAGAUAUGCCUACACAACUCUACUGUUCUCAGACAAGGGUGUUGAUUCUAACGUCAUCUCAUGGAACAGAGUCGUGCUGCUGCAUGGUCCCCCAGGCACAGGAAAGACUUCGCUAUGCAAAGCUCUGGCUCAAAAACUGUGUAUAAGGCUCUCUGACAGGUACAGCUAUGGGCAGUUUAUCGAGAUUAACAGUCACAGUCUGUUUUCUAAGUGGUUUUCUGAGAGUGGCAAACUUGUGCUGAAGAUGUUUCAGAAGAUCCAGGAACUGAUCGAUGACUCUGAUGCUCUUGUCUGUGUGCUUAUUGAUGAGGUAGAAAGCCUGACAGCGGCGAGGAAAGCAUCCCUCAGCGGUACGGAGCCGUCAGACGCCAUACGUGUCGUCAACGCACUCCUCACACAGAUAGACCAGAUCAAGAGGAACUCCAACGUGCUGAUCCUCACCACCUCCAACGUGACGGAGGCCAUCGACCUGGCCUUCGUAGACAGGGCCGACAUCAAGAAGUACAUUGGGCCCCCCUCCCCACCUGCCAUCUUCAAGAUCUACCACUCCUGUGUCAAGGAACUCAUGAGGGCUGGGAUCAUCAGUCCCCCACAGCAGCUCCUGGACCUGAGGGCACUGGAGGUCAUGAGGUUUGCUGAGAACAACGCCACUCGUCACAGCCUGCGACUCAGGGAACUCGCACAGAGAAGUGUUGGUCUGAGCGGUCGAACCCUGAGGAAACUACCUUUCCUUGCACACGCUCUUUUUGUUCGGACUCCCACCAUUAGCCUGGAGGACUUCCUGGAGGCCCUGUCCCUGGCUGUCGACAGACAACACGAGGAGAGGAAGGGCUUAAACAGUGAAGAUUGAUGAAUAUUCAGUGUUCUUGCCAGGCCUUUUUAGCAUAGGGGCCCCCUAUGCUAUGAUUUUGACCCCUAUGCUAUAGUUUUGACCUCUAUGCUGU